AUGCAGGACACCAAACCAAGGCGAAUUGUUCUUCGUUUCCACGUAAACUACGAGCUCGAAGAAGCAGCUAUCAUCGAAAGAUUCUUUGCUAUAUCUGGUCUAAACCCUGCAGAUGAUUUUUACUCCCAUCUCAUGGCCCCAAAUGAAUCUCCAAUGAUGCACAUCGUCCUCGACAUGCAUUGCAAGACAGUUCCGUCGGUCGAACUUGAUAAGAUGGAGUAUGAAGUGUUCAAGGUUAAGAAGAAGGAUGAGUUGCAUGUUAACCCGUUCUCCAUGAAGGCGUGGACUAAACAUCUGUCAGUUACUUUCAGCAGCUGGAUGCCUCUGCACGCAAUUAUGCUCGCCAACGCUGCCGGGAUGUAA